GCCCCGUGGGGCCUCUUCAAACGCCUCGUGCGCACUAAUUGGCUUCAUUAGAGCAGCCAGUGAUGGCAUCAGCCCCCGUCCUGCUGGGGCUGGGGACAGCACUAAUGAGCCGGGGAACGGCUCUGGAGGGGAGAUCAGAGCCCGUAUCUACGGUGGGAGUCCGUGUGGUGUCGACUGAACAAGAGCACAAGCUUCAUUACCCUGAUUAAUUAGAGCCCGCUGCUUUUACCCACGCCUGGAGCUGUGAGCGCACCGGUGCGCGGCCCCUCGGCAGCCACGGGGGCACCGCAGCCCCCCGAGUGCUGGACACACCCGCAGACAGACACGCGGUGGUCCCUGGCUCCCACAGAGAGGCACCAUGCGGAGCUCAGAGCCUUCAGGGAGGGGCUCGGAGCCGGACCCCACAGACACGGACUGCGACCCCCCCGCGCAGGAGGCUCCCGGGCGCGUUUCCGCCGCUGCUCCCCCGACCUUUUCUGUCCCUUUUUGGCCACCGUUAGCCCGGCCCAUGGGGGCGGAGCUCCCGCCCACCCGGAAGAGCCCGACCGGGACCACGUGGUGCGGGACCACGUGUUGGCAGCGUCAUGGCGUCGGCGCCCAAGAGGUUCAAGGCGGCGGUCGAGAGCGGCGCCCAGGGCAAGAGUAGUGCCGACCCCCUCUCCGGGUUCCUGGCGUGGUGCGGGCGGGCCGGGGUGGAGCUGAACCCCAAGGUCCGCCUGAGCAGGGAGGGCGCGGUGGCGGGGUACGGGAUGCUGGCCGCCGAGGAGCUGCAGCCGGGAGAGGUGCUGUUCACCAUCCCCCGCACGGCGCUGCUGUCCCAGCACACCACCUCCAUCCACGCACUCCUGCAGGAAGCCCAGGAGUCCCUGCAGAGCCAGUCUGGUUGGGUCCCUCUCCUGCUGGCCUUGCUCCACGAGUACACAGCCAGCAACUCCCACUGGCAGCCGUACUUCUCCCUCUGGCAGGGCUUCCGGAGCCUGGACCACCCCAUGUUCUGGCCUCAAGAAGAGCGAACAAGGCUCCUGCAGGGCACAGGCAUCCCCGAAGCUGUGGACAAGGAUCUAGCUAACAUCCAGCUGGAGUACAACUCCAUCAUCUUGCCUUUCAUGGAGACCCACCCUGACAUCUUUGACCCCAAACUGCACACUCUGGAGUUGUAUAAGGAGCUGGUGGCAUUUGUCAUGGCUUACAGCUUUCAGGAACCUUUGGAGGAGGAAGAAGAAGAUGAGAAGGGGCCCAAUCCUCCCAUGAUGGUGCCUGUAGCAGAUAUUUUGAAUCAUGUGGCCAACCACAAUGCCAACCUGGAAUACUCUCCACAGUGUCUGAGGAUGGUCACAACGCAGCCCGUGAGGAAAGGACAGGAGAUCUUCAACACGUAUGGGCAGAUGGCCAACUGGCAGCUGCUGCACAUGUACGGCUUCGCAGAGCCCUACCCCGGCAACAGCCACGACACGGCCGACAUCCAGAUGGUGACACUGCGCAGGGCGGCGCUGCAGCGUGCCAAAAGUGAAGCGCAGCAGCAGCUGGUCUCAGAGCAGUGGGACUUCUUGUGCCAGCUGGAGAUGGUGGGGGAGGAAGGUGCCUUUGUGCUUGGCUGGGAUGAGGUGCUGACAGAGGAAGAGCUGUCCAUGACCCUCAAGGUGCUCUGCAUGUCAGAAGAAGAAUUCAAGGAGUAUAAAGAGCAAGAUGGCUGGGAAGAUGACAGUGACGAAGAGGAAAACUCUACCCUUUCAAAUGAGGCCCUCUCCAGACUUAAAACCCCUUGCAAGAAGCUCCUUUAUGACAGUGUGCUGCUGACCCUGGAGUCCUAUGGGGCAGACCUGAAAGCAGAGCAGGACUUGCUAAAUAACAAGGAGGCUUACGAGAAACUGAGCCGAAGGGAGCAGCAAGCGCUGCACGUGCGCUACGGACAGAAGAGGAUCUUGCAUCAGCUGCUAGAGCUGGUUCAGUAGAAACCUCAGUGCCCCUGGCCAGGCCCUGGCUGGGGCUGAUCCUGAGGGAAAGGUCAGCCUGUGGCCAUCUCUUCUGUAGCAGAGAGGACAGAUGGCAAGACUGACUGCAGGUCCACUUGUCCCUCAUACAGCACAUGGAUUUUUAGCUACCUCUACAUAAAGAAGUAUCUUCACAGCACAAAGGUGGUUUUGAGUGGCCUUAUUGUACCAUGAGAGCUCUGCAGCACAAGUACCAACUUUUCCCAGAGGCCUUAAGAAACCCCAGCCAUCUUAAUGGCUGUUUUAGAAAGGCACACAUACACUGCCAGAGCAGCAGAGGAUUCUCUCAGCAUCAGAAGUUUAUGGCAAGACCUGCUCCUUAUCCAGAUUAAGAGGCAGAAAUCCUACUGGUAGCUCUUACUUCAGAGAGGUUCAGAGUAAAUACCUGGCAGGGGGACCUGCUAACACCAAACUCUUCACCUGUACGUAUUUUAUGUUGAACAUGUUCAAAAGUACAAGCCCAUCUAGCUGGUCUUCAUGCAGGCUCAGUGUAAUAAAUACUUCCUUUUAUUUCCACAAAAGGUAUUUCUGUGUGGGCUUGAGACUACUCUGGAGGAGCACUGUCACAGUUCCACAGUGGCUGCAGGCUGAGCAUUUGAUAUACACCCUCUGCUUGUUACAGUUCUACCCUGAACCCACUUUGGUUUUGCAUGACAAAACACUGAUGGUUGACAGGUCAAGCUCUGUUUAAUAAAAAUGAGUUUUCUUACCCAGCCCAUGCUCUCUGCUUCAACAGGGUGUGAAGCCCCAUCUAAGAGCAGGGGGAUUGUUGCUGCUGCUGCAGUUAAAAAAGUAUUGCAGACAAGCAAAAUCCACACUGUACUCAUGACAAAGCUCAGCUACAGCCCUGCCUGCAGUGCUUGGGGACAGGAUGGUUUAACAGUGCUGAGGGGAGCUUGUUCUGGUUUCCUAGAUGGGACAACAGCGAAUUUGAGCAGGAUCUCACACAACUGCCACUAUCCUUCAUAGAGACAUUGUUUAAACUGCUGUUCUGUUAUCCUGUGUCUCCAAAGUAAUCAUAUUGGAAAAUGUACAUGUCAGAGGAGUGUUACAUUUUGUAUCUUGCGUAAAGUUUGGGGUUUGGGUUAAAACUUGUUUUUUAGAUAUGCACAGAGUUGGUGAUGACAAAAGCAUAUAAAAGGUUUGAACCUAUAA